AUGAAAACUUCAUGGACCAAGACUAAUCUAGGAUGGAGAUUUCGGGAUUGUGUUAACCUUGGUGUAAGAGACGUACGACUAAUUAUGGAUCGGAACUCAAGGAGAUCAAAAGGGGUUGGGAAUAGUGCUGGUUAUGUAUACUUGAGGUUUGAAAGUGUGGAAGCAGCAUCACGUGCUCAACAAGCAAUGCAUAAAAGAUGCUAUAUUUCUAUAGUAACUCCUAGCACGUCAUCUGAACAGAGGAUCAACUCAUCUAGUGCGGGAUAUAUGAUUUACUCGAUUGAAGUUUUCUUGUGGCCAAUACGAUCAAAGGGAAAGCCAACAAACACGUUGUAUAAUACUACUAUUAGUUUGUGCCUAUAA